GUGCCUGCCUCCGCCGGAGAGGAGUUUAUAGAAACCCGUUCACAAAAAUGACAUCCUGGUUGUAUGAAUGUCUUUGUGAAGCUGAACUAGCACAGUAUUAUCCUCAUUUUACUGCCCUUGGCCUUCAGAAAAUAGAUGAAUUAGCCAACGUUACAAUGAAGGACUACUCCAAAUUGGGAGUCCAUGACAUGAAUGACCGCAAACGUCUCUUCCAACUUAUCAAAAUCAUUAAGAUUAUGCAGGAAGAAGAUAAAGCAGUCAGUAGCCCAGACUAUCAUCUUCAGACAAGCAGUCUGUGUGUCAAGCCUCAGAAAUCCAGAUCUGGCCCUCGCAGGCAACUGCAUUUUGAUUCUCCUGCUGACAACAAAGACAGAACUACCAGCAACAAUCAGUUUGAACUGUGUGAUUUAUCAGAUUUUUCUGCAGGUGAACAGAAGUCUAACUACAUAGAAGUACUGGAGCACAUGCUACCAGAUGAUUCCCAGUACCAUAUACAAACAGGAAUUCUGAAUGCCACAGCCGCUGAUUCCUACAUACAAAAAGAAGCUAAGACUUCACGCUUUUCAUCAAAUCACUUUUCUCCAGUACAGGGGGAUUGUGAUAGUUCAGUUAUUCAAAGAGUCUCUCAUGUUUCAGGGUAUAACUAUGGAAUUCCUCAUUCCUAUAUCAGUAGGAGCCAGAGUUUCAGAACCCUGAGAAAUUCUCUCACCAACUUGAAGCUUCCUGUUGGUGAGUCAUCCCUACCCGAAGAGCAUUCUCUUUGGAUACCUCAAAUUAGACAGAACACUUCAGAGAAAGAGAAUCCUUGGACUGAGAUGGAGAAAAUCAGAGUUUGUGUUCGAAAACGCCCUCUGGGCAUGAGGGAGGUACGUCGUGGAGAAAUCAACAUUAUUACUGUUAAAGAUAAAGAAACUCUACUUGUUCAUGAGAAGAAAGAAGCAGUUGACCUCACACAAUAUAUUCUACAGCAUGUUUUUUAUUUUGAUGAAAUCUUUGAUGAGGCGUGCACCAAUCAAGAUAUUUACAUGAAGACUACUUACCCACUCAUUCAGCAUAUUUUCAAUGG